GAUAAGCUCUUUAUCGCCUCUUCUCGAAGCGCGAUGACGAAGGGCGACGAGUCGUCCUGCGAGGCAGAGCAGAGCAGACGAGGCGGAGCCAGAGUGCGAUUCAAUGGCGCUCACGGCCAGCGCUGGAAUUGGAAUCGCGGUUGCUCCCGUCGCGCGAGACGUCGUGAGCGUGUUCGAGGGAUGCGCGUUUCCCUCCAGAUUGUCGCGCGUUCCUGCUGGAGUGCCAUGCGGCUGUGCCUGGCAGGCGCAGAGUCCUCUGAAAUUGACCCGCGGACGUUGUGUUCAUGUCGUUCCCGCAGCGGCUCGAGUCGAGGAAGGGGCGAGUGGGUCGGCAGCAUCUGGAGUGGAUGUUUAUAAGCCAGCCUCGUAUGACGUCUUGGUUUCCGAUGCGUCUUCGGCAGUAGCCUUCGCUCUCGAGGAAGGGAAACUACGCAUGGAAGUUGAUUUUCCACCAUUGCCCAGCAGCGUGUCCGGCUACAAGGGACAAUCAGACGAGUUUAUAGAUGCAAACAUUCAGCUGGCGGUCACCUUGGGUCGGAAAUUGAAUGAAUUGAAGGGGAUUUCUUCAAAAAUCAUUUUUCCAGAUCAGCCAGAGAGACGGAGGGCUUCACGACUUUUCAAGUCUGCUCUAGAACUCACGACGUGCAUCAGCUUCGGCUGUUUAGAUGAUGUUCCUGGAGGAGCAGGGAAAUCUAUUCUUGGACAACUAAGAAGUGUCUUUGACUUCGAUUUUGAAGAAGAUGUGGAAGGACAACAGAAUGAUUCGCCAGAUGUAUACAUUAUCGUAAACUGUACCACCAAUGAGCUGCCUGCUGUGGAGCAAUAUGUGGAAACAUUUGCAAAGAGUUCCCCGGUCAUCCUCUUCAAUCUAGAGACCGAUACAUUGAGAUCAGAUCUUGGCCUAUUUGGUUUCCCGACUAAGGAUAUACACUACCGAUUUCUUGCGCAAUAUAUGCCUGUGUUCUACAUUCGACAGAGAGACUACUCCAAGAGUAUUCCUGUUGCGCCAUUCAUCCUCAACUAUAGCGGAGCUCUUUUCCGCAAGUAUCCAGGCCCAUGGCAGGUGAUGCUGAAACAGGUCGAUGGUUCUUAUGCCUGCGUAGCUGAAGCCAAAGAAAGAUACACCUUGGGACAGACCAAGGAAGAACUGCUGACGUCAUUAGGUCUCCAAGAGGAGGAAGGUUCAACGUUGGCGUUUCUUAGACGAGGUUACAAGACAUCUACGUGGUGGGAAGACGAUCUCGAACUUGAGGAGUCCUCUGCGUGGAGGAGUUGACCUGUGAAGCAAAUUUUGUAAACCAUGUGUAGAAUACGGUCGGUAAGAAGGGGUCAAGAGUAAUAAAGCGUGCAAAAUGACGGAAAUGACGAACCGCGUGCAUUGUGGUUAUUCGACUGCAUCUGUCAAAUGUAUCUAUCAUCUUAAUUUCAUCUUCACCUAUUGUUCUACAAGCAUCGCCGUAACUACUGGAUGAGCUUGUUUGGUGUGAGCCCCAGUAAAUAAGCUAACUGGUAUUUUCUCUCAACCAUUGUUCACUGAAGAGGCUUCAAACUGCAGUGCGAGCAAGGCAUCAUUUGUUUUCCUUGGGAUUUACCAUUCUAAAAUCCAAGUUCAAAUUCGCGAAUCACUUGAUGUUUACAGAAUAUAAGGGCUCAUUUCAUGUACCUAUCGUUAUUGUG